GUCGUUGAUGUCGCCAUUUUAUUGAUAAGUUUGUUCGUUUUUGCAGUUGUGUUAUUAAACAAAAAAUGGAAACGUUAUUUAACCCAGUUUUUAAUUUAAAAACAAAAAAGUGAAUUUGGCGAAGUCUCAAGUAAAUUGAUUACUUAUGAAGAGGAAGAGGGCAACUAAUAAAAUGGAAGACUUUUCCAACGUUCUGGUCAACACUGGUGAAUUUAUUCCAGGACGCCUUUAUUUUGUCACACUUAACACUAAUGUGGCCCCGAAAUCAACCUCAACUGUUCAUUAUUUUGCCGUGGACACUGAACAAUGCUACGAUAGUUUUUACAAUGAUUUCGGUCCCUUGAAUCUUGCAAUUUUGUUUCACUACUGCGGGAAAUUAGACAGGAAAUUGUCAAAUGGGACGCUCCAGAAUAAGAAAAUCGUCCACUACACCGGCCUUGAUGAGCAAAACCGCGUCAACGCUGCGUUUCUCAUAGGGGCUUAUGCUGUAAUUAAGUUGGAUUAUGACCCUGAACAGGCCUAUGAAGUGUUAACCAAAGGGGCCCAACAAAGCUAUAUCGAAUUCAGAGAUGCCUCAAUUGGGGAACCCUACACUCUCUCCCUACUUGACUGUCUCAAAGCCGUGAGAAAAGCCCUUGAUUGUGGCUUUUUCGACUUCGAAAACUUCGAUUUUUUCGAAUAUGAGCACUACGAAAGGGUGGAAAAUGGUGACUUAAACUGGAUCGUUCCCGAGAAAUUCAUCGCGUUUUGUGGCCCCCACCACAAGUCCGUUAUCGACCGGGGGUACCCCAUUCACUCCCCCGAGACAUAUUUCGCUUAUUUUCGCAGACACAACGUCACGACUGUCAUACGCCUAAAUAAGAAGGCUUACGACUCCAAUCGUUUCGUACAAGCGGGUUUUGACCACAAAGAUUUAUUUUUUAUUGAUGGGGGAAUCCCCAAUGAUCGUAUUCUAAGCAAGUUUAUUUCCGUUUGUGAGAACGCAAGGGGUGCCAUAGCUGUACAUUGCAAGGCGGGGCUUGGGCGUACUGGGACCUUAAUUGCGUGUUAUAUAAUGAAACAUUACAAGUUUACGGCGCAGGAGGCGAUAGCCUGGAUCAGGAUUUGUAGACCUGGGUCGAUAAUAGCCCACCAACAGACUUGGUUGCUUCAGAAACAGGAUCAAUUGUGGGCUGCCGGUGAAGAAUAUAGGCAAAAAAUGAAUAUGACGGGGCCUAUAAAACACACGGUGGGAAUAUACGGCCUACGCUCGGUCAAUAAUAACAAAACCAAAUCAAAUGACAAUGUAACAGGAAUAAUGAAAAAAGUUGAUUCGAUGGAAAUCAACGAUAAAGAUUUUGAAUCAGAAGAAAAUAAAAUCACACAAGGAGACCGACUGAAUGAAAUCAAAGCACAAAGGGCCAAAGCGAAGCAACCCCUUUUAACAAAUUUGACUGAACGCAAAGCGUUUCGAUCAAAAGUCAUUUUAAACACGACAACUACAUCUCCGGUUAGGGUGGGGAGAAUAAUGACAAACACAACCAAGAGCACAACUUCUACAACUAGAGUUUUAACAAAAAGAAACGAGCUGAACGAAAGUCAAUCGUCGCGACGUUGCAGCCAACGAAAAGUCAACGCUUCUAUAAUAACCCUCGGCAAAAGUAAAGUACCGGAGACGAAAUCGUUACCCAAGAAAAAAGAAAAUUUAAGUUGGUUGAUUAAAAAUGGCGCACAUGAAACUAACGUUGCUAAGUGCAGUUCUGAUAAUAAAGUUGAAAAUACGGUAAAACGUUGUAAAAGAACGCUUGCUUUGGAAAAAGAUAAAGCAAGUCCGCAUUCGGUUAAAGUGUUACGGAGGUCGCAUGGACAGACGUCGAAAGACACUAAAAAAACUGAUGGGAAAUUACAUUUGCCAUCGGUCAAAAUCAAUAAAACGAUUUAAUUUUUUCAUUUGUGUAUAUAACUCGAAACUGUUGAAAGAGUUCAAAGUUUUAUUGUAAACACUUGGUUUUUAAAUAUUCACAAAAACACUCAGUGUUAGUACUUAAAAUGCUAUAAGUGUGGCUAGAUUUAGUAAUGCCAGUAUUAUUUUUUGUACAAGGUUUUACGAAUUUUUCGGCUUUAAUCUUUUUAACAAAUCUGAACUGAGUGUUUCCUUGACUUUUUGUUUACAAAAACUGUACAUAGAUGUUGAAAUACUUUAAAUAAAUGUCUAUUUUAUGUUAAAUUCUGGACUGUUAUUAAUAAAUAUAAUAUUGUUUAUGAUUAGCAGUACACAUUUUUAUAUAACUCACUAAAAUAUUUGUUCUAUUUUAUUAAUAUUGUUUUUACCAUAGGAACCAAACACGAUUGUAUGCUUUUAGUUGCCAUUUUAGUCUACUAGGUUUUCACUGUUACAAUUUCAACUUAUUUUUGUAAUGAAAUUGUAGUCAUAUUUGUAAUAAUCAUUGUUCAGUAUUUUUUUAAAUCAGUUUUGUCAAUAAAUGUUUCAUUGCUA